ACUACGGACGUGCAGGAAAGGGCGUAUAAAUUCUUCAUCGUUGGCGAACUGAAGAACAAUGAGUAGAUCGAUGUUGUUCAAAACAAGGAUGGUGUGGAUGGUUGCCAUGAUGAUGAGCGUUUUCUCCUCAGAUUUUGGCGUCUUCCGGCUCGGCUCCACGCUCGGCGUUAACUACGGUCAAGUUGCCAACGAUCUACCGACUCCGGAGCAAGUUUUGACGCUGUUGACGUGGCUGAAGGUGAGCAGCGCGAGGAUCUACGACGCUAAUCCGCAGGUCCUCGCGGCCUUCGCCAACACCGGCAUCGACCUCAUCGUCACAGUGCCCGACGAGGAGGUUCGGCGGCUGACGGACCCCCAGCUGGCCCUGCAAUGGGUGGCCGCCAACGUGCGGCCCUACUUGCCGGCCACCAUGAUCACCGGCAUCGCGGUCGGGAACGAGGUGUUCACCAGCGGCGACACGACGCUGAUGGCCGACCUGGCCCCCGCCAUGGCCAGCAUCCGCGCCGCGCUCGUCCGGCUCGGACUCGAGACGCGUGUCCAUGUCUCCAGCGCCAACUCCCUGGCGGUGCUGGAGAGCUCGUACCCUCCGUCGUGCGGGGCGUUCAAGGGGGAGCUGGCCGGCGCGAUGGCGCCGUUCCUGCAGUUCCUGGCGGCCACGGGGGCGCCCUUCUGGGUCAACACCUACCCGUACUUCGCCUACAAGGACGACCCGUCGGGAAUUCCGCUGGAUUACGCGCUGUUAAACCCCAACGCAGGGAUGGAGGACCCCCACACUCGGCUGCGCUACGACAACAUGCUGUACGCGCAGGUGGACGCGGCGAUCUUCGCGCUCGCGCGGUUGGGGUACGGCGGAGUGGAGGUGAGAGUGUCGGAGACGGGGUGGCCGUCGAAGGGCGACGCCGACGAGGCCGGGGCGAGCGCGGAGAACGCGCGGGUGUACAACAGGAACCUGCUGGUGCGGCAGAUGGCGAACGAGGGGACGCCACUGGUACCCGACCGGAGGCUCGAGGUCUACCUGUUCGCGCUGUUCAACGAGGACUUGAAGCCCGGGCCGACGUCGGAGAGGAACUACGGCCUCUUCCACCCCGACGGCACCAUGGCCUACAACCUCGGCCUGGCGGCGCUGCCUUCAUCCUCUUCCACGACUGCCUCCAUCGCUCUCACCUCCUCUGCUACGACAAGGGAAAUGAGCACGAAAUUUGGCUGCAGGACCUUGAUAGUGUUGUUAUUCUCUUGGACAAUAAUCCAAGCUUUGGUCAGCAAAGCAGAGUGAGAAAAGGCUCUGAUUUAGACAGACUGUUCCAUGAAUGCACCAUGCCAUUUUAUCCUCUGUUUUUUUUUUCUUCACUUUAUACUAUUUAUAGAGCACUAGGCAAGUUCCUUGUAUUCUUUGCAUGGCAAUUCAGUCAAGGAUUAUAUUGGAUUCCUUAAAUGCCCAACAGCUGAAUAGUCUUUAGAUCCAUACAAUUUGGACUGAUGUAAGCAUAAGCUGAGCUUGUAAAUUUAUUUGAUG